AUGCCCCUACUUUUUGAACCAGAUUCACCUGACGUGAAGAAUUCUACAAUUAUUCCUAAAGUCGGUAGUAAUAUAUGCGAUAUUUCAGAGCUUCCGUGUUCACCUAUAAGUAAGUUUGAUACUUCGCUUAAUUUUUCAAAUUACACCAAUAAUUCAUCGCUAAUAGAGGAUCGUAAUAGCUACAGUCAGGAUGAUACGGCAAACAUACUAAAAAACUCGAGUAGCCUAAUUGCACUGGAUAAAGUAGUCGCACUCAAAGUAAUCGAGGAGAAGAGUGAAAAUAUCGACGUUAAUAAUAGCGACUCAAUUUCUUGUAAUCAAACCCACCCACCUUUGGAACAGCAAACGACCACAGUUCGAAGUGAAGGUGCAAACACUCCUAGCGAGAGGGGAAAAAUGAAGAAAUACAAAGAAACCCAUCAUAGUUGUGUUCCUUCCGCACCGCCCCACUGGAAGAAGACCCCAGUGGCGCUUCCUCCAAUCAAUCGUCCCAGAACGCCACCUAUUGCAUGUCCUUCAGAUGGUUCGGUCUCUACGCCUUUAAAAUCAGCCAAUUAUGAAGACUGGAGUCCCAGACUAGUUACUCCGAGAUGCGAUCUCCAUCAGCUGCAACCGGUAGAUAUUGAACAGCUGGAAUGUGCAACGAAUGAGGCGAGCGUAAGGUCCAACAUGAUACGUGUUGGCGAGAACAUGAAGAAUCAAUACAAUCAACGAACUGUGGCCGAACAAGCACAAGAAACGAGGGAGUGGAUUGCCAAGAUUAUGGGACCGGCUGACCGAUGGAACUGUUGACGUUCGAGAGGUUGCUUCCAGUUCCCCUCAACUUUCACGUUCUGCUCCAUUCAUUUGAAGUUUCUAACAUUGGUGAUCAUGAUAAAAAGAACGAAGCGAAAUUUCACGAAAAAGUUGAUUCAUGUAAGCGAUUGUCGUGCAGACAGAUGAUCAGCUAGUGAAAACAAACGAUGAUGUGGUUCACCGGUCGACGGCACGUGAUCGGAGCGCAUGAUGCAGAGAUAAGCAGACUGAUCGUGCCUACAUAGGCGUGCCUCGCAUUGCCCGAGAAUAAAUAACUUAUCUAUUUACAACCAAAAGGAAAUGGGUUCCAACAUCGGUCACCGCUAGCUGCAUGGUGUACUGGGAAGUCUCGAACUAAUGUUCUU